AUGCUCCACAUCCUUCUCAGCUCCAGAGCAAGGUCCUGGUAUUUCUCUCAUUUCUCAUUCAGUUUCAUCUCUCGCCCCACUGACGUCUCCACUUCCAUGACAUGGACUUGCCCUUAUCUAUAUAAUACGCUUUCCGCUUUUCUCUUUCGACCUCUUUAUUUCUUUCCACCUCUCUCGUUCGACCCCUCUCUCAUAACACCUUUCUCUUUCCACCCUCUUUCUUUCCACCUCUCUCGUUCGACCCCUCUCUCAUUCGAUCCCUCUCUCUUUCGAUCCCUCUCUCUUAACACAUUUCUCUUUCCACCCCUCUUUCUUUCUACCUCUCUCGUUCGACCCCUCUCUCAUUCGAUCCCUCUCUCUUUCGAUCCCUCUCUCUUAACACCUUUCUCUUUCCACCCCUCUUUCUUUCUACCUCUCUCGUUCGACCCCUUUCUCAUUCGACCCCUCUCUCUUUCGAUCCUUCCACCUUUCUCUUUCGAUCCCUCUUUCUUUCCAUCUCUCCUUUUUAACCCCUCUCUCUUUCUACCUCUCGUUUUCUUUCAUUUCCCAAUACAUUCGCCUUUAUUGCCUCUCUCUAAUAUUUUCUUAUUCAUUUUAUUAUCUCUCUUCGCCGUUCUCUUUCUUGCUUCUUCAUUACUACAUAUCUUCUCUACAUUCAGUUUGUUCUAA